UGACAACUAACAUUCAAACAAAUAAAGCGCAGUGAAGAUAUAUAACCGUCAGUGCGCGCCACGUUGAAAACCAAUCCCACUUUCCCAGACUUUUCUUUUCAGUUUUUUUUAUUUCACAGAUUUCUCAACUCCCAAAUCCCCAAUUUCUUAAUUUUUACAGUUUAUAUAUAUGAUCGUAUUGGUGAUUGUUGUUAAGCAGAAUAUCAGGUGUUUUAAUUCGCGGAGAGGUAGCUAUGUUUAAAGGGAUUUUUGGAAAAACCAAGCCGGAAACAAAUGCUCUAACCACUUUAGACAAGUUAAAUGAGACCCUUGAAAUGCUAGAGAAAAAGGAAAGUGUGCUUCUGAAAAAGACUGCUGCAGAGGUUGAAAAGGCCAAGGAGUAUGCCAAAGGGAGAAAUAAGAAAGCGGCUAUACAGUGCUUGAAGAGGAAGAAACUGUAUGAACAGCAAAUCGAACAGCUUGGGAACUUUCAGCUUCGUGUUCACGAUCAAAUGAUAAUGUUAGAAGGUGCCAAAGCCACAACUGAAACGGUGGAUGCAUUGAGAACUGGAGCAACUGCGAUGAAGGCAAUGCAGAAAGCAACUAGCAUAGAUGAUGUGGACAAAACAAUGGAUGAGAUCAACGAACAAACCGAAAACAUGAAACAGAUUCAGGAAGCACUAUCAACUCCUAUCGGAGCUGCGGCUGAUUUUGAUGAGGAUGAAUUGGAAGCUGAACUCGAAGAACUUGAAGGUGCUGAAUUGGAAGAACAGCUUCUCCAGCCUGCAACAACUGCCCCGGCAGCACCAGUACAGGUGCCUGCUGGCAGUCAACCAGCUCGACCCGUUCCUCAAAAGCGCACAGCCGAGGAAGAUGAACUCGCUGCAUUGCAGGCUGAGAUGGCACUUUAAGGUAAGUCAUUCUAAGUUCAGUUUUAACUCUAUGGGGGAAUCACAUAUAGAGCUUUAAAACAUGGCUAAAUUACCUGAUAGUGUAGGUCACCAUUGCAUCCAGAAUGCCAUAAAUAUUUGUAUUAUUAAAUCAUCUUGAAUUUAUGUGCAUGAAACUAAACGAA